AUGCGAAGAGACAUUUAAUCCCAACUGUUUAAGGCCAUUAUGAUCAAGGCUGAUGAUGACUACAAUCCUAAGGAAGUACUAAAUGAGGAAGACUAGAUGAUGCGUUAAAUCAGUCGCAAGAAAACUUAAAAAAUUAUCAUACAGAACUUCAAUGAGAGUGAAGAGGAUAGUGAAAGUCCGCAAGAAAGCAAGGACAAAAUAAAUUUGCCAUCGUUUGAAUUGUCAGACAUCAAGGAACCGCCAAGCAUUACAGUGCAGUCUCAGCAGUCACCACAUUCACAGAAAAAUAGGUUUAUGAGGCCUAAACCUAUAUCAACUAUGUUUCUAGGUGCUGGCUUAAGCAAUUAGCAGCAUUUGCUAGGAAAUCCUAUUACCCCUCUUAAAUAAACACCUUCAGAAAAUUAAAGAUUGCUAAAAGUAAAAAAGAAUUUGCUAUUAAAGCUUAGAGUUGCUUCUUUGUAUUCUGCCAAGAAAGCAUCAUCCGAUGAUAUAAUCAAAUGCUUGCAGCGGGAGAGGACAACUGAGGAUCUGAUGAUAAUGAAGGAUUAUUUCAAGGACUUCAGUUUCAUGGCUGAUGUGAUAAAGGGGGAAGAUAGUUAAAUGUUUAUCUUUCAAUUCAUGAGGCACCUUCACAUCAAGCAAGAUGCGAUUAUCUUCAACUAUAAUGACCCACCAGAUCUCUUCUAUAUCAUACUCAAAGGAGCUGUGCAGAUCAAAGUUCCUAAAUUAUACACUAUGGCUCUUACAUAACAUGAAUAUUUAGAGUAUCUCAAUAACCCAGAUUUACUGAGCAUAAAAGAACUCAAUUCAGAAGAGAUGGAAGCUUACAAUCUUACACUUAAUAAUUAGCAUAGAAAGAGCGUUUUGGCAACCUCUCCACUAGGAGCCAUUAUGGGUUUAGAUAUAUUUAUCAACAACUCACAGGAAAGUAAGAAUAACUCUUCAAAUCCUUCGAUUCAUCUGCAACCAUAUCAACCUAAAAAAGUUUACAAUGUAGAAGUAUUCUAGUCAGUGGCCAGGCUAUCAAAGGGAUUCCAUUUUGGAGAGUGGGCUCUACUCAAACCAGGCUCCAAAAGAUCAGGGACAGCAUUGGCUGCUGAGGACUGCGAUUUUGUAGUAAUGGAUAAAAAGUCCUACAACAGAGCAAUGGGUAAAGCAAUGCAGAAUAAGCUUCAAGAAAGAGUGAAUUUCCUGCUCAAUUAUAAAAUUUUCACAAAUAUAAAUCCUAGUAAACUUGAGAAACUCACUUAUUUUCUGUAACAAUAGGAAUACAAUAGGGGUUAAGUGAUUUAUAAAGAGAGCAAAGACGUCAUGGACUAUAUAUACUUUAUUAAAAACGGGGAAUUUGAGAUGACUAAAAGUGUGAAGAUACCUUUUAACAGGAGUAGUAAAACUAUUAAGAACUUCGUAGAUGGUUCCUAGGUAGAUUAUAAAAAGUUCAAGCAAAGUCAAAAUCUCUAAGCCUUUAACAAGAAACACUAGAAGGUUAAUACAGAAAUUGCCUAGAUCUGUAUCCUAAGUGAUCUCGAGAUGUUUGGACUGGAGGAAUAUUUGCAGUAGGAUACUACCAGGCAGUUCACAGUAACUUGCACUAAGAAUAAAUCAACUGUAUUUUACUUCCCAAAGGAUGCUCUAGCAGAGGUAUCUAAAAAGAACAUGAAAAUAGUGACCGAAUAUUAAGAUUAGUGGUAUGAAUUUGUUUAGAAACGAAUAGCAAGCUACCUUAAUGCUGAUAGAUCUAUAAAAUAGGAACUAGUAAGAAAGUAAGAAGGCCUAGACACCAAGGUAAAAAGACCGAACGACCCUGCAAAUGAUCCUGCAAAAAUGAAAAAUAAAGCUUUAAUUGAUAGGAAUAAUCAUAAUUAAGAUAACCCUACUUCAGAUGAGCUCAGGAAAUCAUCUCUGGCAAGAGAUGGCCAAAGCUCAUUGGACAGAUAGUAAUCAUUAUAAACUAAUUCUAUCCAGGACAAAAAGUUUUCGAUUUGCAAAGGUGUUACAAAAAAGACAAUAGAGGUAAAUCUUAAGAUGAAGAAUUUGGAUUUUAAACUUGAAUAACUUUCGCAGCUGAAGAGUCAAAGAGAAAGCAUCAAAGACUUGGCAUUUGCAGAAAGAUAAAUCUACCAGCAAUUUUCACCAAUAAUAAAAAAGAGUUAGGAAUUUUCAAAUCUGUAAUCACCUAUCUUAGUCAGUUUAAAGGACGAGAUUCAAGAUAUCCAAGAGCCAAGUUCAAAGCGAAGAACUGUAAGUACUCUUCAUACUGGCAAGCAGUCCGCUCUAAUCAAGCAUGAGGAACUAAUCAAAGUGUAAGAGUAUAUGGAAUAUGAAACGCCAAAAUCGAUAUUACAGUAAUAUGAGCCUCAGGUCAUAAUCACAAGGCCUAAGCUAAACACAGUAGAGUAGAUAGAUAACAUUGUACAAAAGAUCAAAGAAAAGAGAGGAGAAGACAAUAGGGUCGUCAAGUUUUAGAAAUUCACUUAGCAUCUUAAAACUUCGAGAAACACCGAACCCAUUCUGUAUGAAAACGCUGAUGAGAAUGAGUACUUUAACUUUAUCAAGUCACAGGACAAUCUACGCUAGGAAACUAUCAGUAAAAAACCAUUUCAAAGUCUAAUGACGAAUGCUUCUCUCAAAACUAUAAACACAGAGUCUGUGCUCUAAGCAGAUAACCAAUAGGCGAACUCUUUGUUUAACUCCAAAUCCUCCUCUGAUAUUUAUUAGAACAGAGCUUAAGGGCCCAAACGACAAUUCUCCUAGACUGUAAAAUCCCAUCAUAGUAUCAGUUUGAAGGAUAGCAAUUCCUAGUAAUAGUGGUACUACAAUAAGGCUUUGGAAAAUUAAGACUAAAUACUGAACUCACACUAGAUGAUGCAAAUUCAGACUUUUUACUCUCCAACGAAUAACUAAGGAGCAAUGCUUAAAUUAUCUAAGCCUGAGAAGGAAAAGCUAAUGCAGAAAACCAAAAUACUUAUUCAAAGGUAAAGACUUGUAGACUACUUCAAUAAGAGCAAUGCACACAUGAUGAGAAGUACUGAGCGUGCUCACACCUAGCAAAGAAUGCUAAGAAUACAUACUAAGUGA